AUGCGACCACCUCAGUCAAUAGUUCUCUUCCUUUUGUGGUUGAAUUCACAAUGCGUCCUUGGUGCUCUUCGCUCUUACAACUUUACCAUCCACGAAGGCGACAGAGCUCCCGAUGGGGUAAUGCGCAAGGUCUAUCUCAUCAACGACCAGCAACCCGGUCCCUUGAUUGAGGCUGAUGAAGGAGACGACCUCGAAAUCUUUGUGCAGAACAAUCUACGUGUCGAACAAACCAUUCAUUGGCAUGGCCUUCUUCAACGCGGGACGGCAGAAAUGGACGGAGUACCGGGUGUCACUCAGUUUCCCAUUCCAGCCAACGGAAACUUCACCUAUCGAUUCUCCACGGCCUCAGAAUACGGCUUCUUCUGGUAUCAUUCCCAUUUCCGAGCUUAUUACAACGAUGCCGUUCGCGGGCCGCUGAUCAUCCAUCCUUCUCCUUCGCGCCGGCGUCCCUUUGAGAGCCUCGCUGCGGACAGCGCAGAACUAGACACGAUGCUCCGAGUUGAGAGAGACGCAACCCCAAUCCUCUUGACCGACUGGUAUCAUAGAUCCUCGGAUCUCAUCUUCGAGGAAUAUUUCACCACUGGCGCAUUUCCCCAGUGCGUGGACAGCCUCCUGGCUAAUGGACAGGGCAGAGUACAAUGCUUGCCCGAAAACGUGCUGCAAGCCGGACCGGGACUGGGAAUACAGUCCUACGUUGCAAACGAUCCACAUGAUCCUGAACCUAUGGAGAUGUCGACGCCAAUGCCAUCUCAGAGUAUGUCAUCGAUGUCAAGUUCAGAGACCUCAAACAGUAAGAUGCCUAUUGAGACGAUGUCCGCAUCUACAAUGUCUAUGAGUUCGAUGUCGAUGGACCCAUCCAUGAGCAUGCGCAAAAGAUCAGAGCACACUGCGAUGACGAUGCCGAUGUCAGAUUCCCCGGCCUCUGACAUGGGUUCCCCCACGGCCAGCAUGUCUGGCAUGUCCGACAUGUCGACACUUGGUCCUAAAGGUUGCAGUAUGCCAAUGAUGUUUAUGCCAGGUUUUAACGCCAGCUCUCUUCCGCUAGAGACAUGCAGCAACACUACCUCUGACGUUUUUAUGUUUGAUGUUGAUGCAUCGCGCGGAUGGGCUGCUUUUCACUUGGUUAAUGCAGCGGCGGUCAGCCGGAUGAGUGUUUCACUUGACGGACACUCGAUGAUAGUAUACGCUGCAGACGGAUUGUAUGUGGAGCCUCAGGAAGUCAAGGUUUUGCACAUCUCGAUUGGCCAACGAUAUUCCGUCAUGGUCAGACUUGAUCAGCAACAGGGCAUGUACUCGCUACGUUUCGCUUCAUAUCCCUAUGGCGAUAUGCAGCAGAUUAUCGAAGGCCAUGCAAUGAUGUCGUACAUGGACAAAAACAUGACUUCUGGGGCGACGCUGGUCGAAGAGCCCUCCUUGACUUGGAUGUUGGUGAAUGGGUCUGCGAAACUGGACGCCUCCGAGCUGGACGACCAGAAGCUCGCGCCUUUCGAAGGAGUCUCACCUCCCAACGGACCGUCUAACGUCACGCAACUAUUUACGAUCAAUCAAACUGGGAUCGUGACCUGGGUGGUCAAUGACCAGGCGUAUUCGGAACCGACAACGCCAAUCAUUUACGGUAGUGUUUCUGAUGGUUGGGAUUCCGCUACCACUCUGCGCUUACCAGGUAAUGCCACCAUUGACCUUAUUAUGCAUGUUGCGAAUGAUUCAAUGGAUGUGAUGGGACAUCCCAUACAUCUUCACGGCCAUAAAUUCUGGUUCCUUGGCGCAGGCCAGGGCAUGUUCCCGUACAACUCCGUUGAUGCUGCACCUUCGUCAAUGAUCAACUUGGAAAACCCACCGUAUCGCGACACCAUAGACUUGCCAGCGUCUGGAUGGGCUGUCGUCCGAUACGUCACGGACAAUCCAGGAGCGUGGUUGCUCCAUUGCCACGUGCAAUGGCAUCUAGUGAGCGGCAUGGCCGUAGUCCUCGUGGAAAAUGAAGAGCAAAUGCUCACUAUGGUUGGAUCCAUUGAGAACGCUGCCAACAACCCAAAUAUGCCCGGCAUGCAGAGCGGGGGUCUUUCUUUGACCUUCGCGACUAAGCCGAUCUUCCUGUUUCUCGCCAUCUUGCUCACUACUCUUGCGGAUCUUCCGCUCUUCUAG